AUGACGGCGUCGUAUAUAUCAUUCGAAAACGCAUUUUACGCUGUCACAGGUCUGGCUACAAGUCUGAUAGGCGGUGCUCUCGUCUUGUUAUGGGUAUAUCAAACAUCACUGAUCUAUCCUGCCGCUUUUCCUGAAGGAUCAAGAACUGAGGUUUUCACUCCGGACAAGUUCUCCAUGCACGACUGGGAAGACUUGACUCUCACAACGCCAGACAAUCUCAAGAUAAAGGCAUACCUCAUUCGCAGAAAAAUCGAAUUGUCAGGUGCUUACAAUGAUCCAUCAAGAAGCAACAAGAGUAUUGGUGUUGAUAAACUGUCGCCGUAUACGAUACUUUAUUUGCAUGCUAAUGCUGGAAAUAUGGGACAUCGCCUCCCAUUCGCAUCACUAUUCUACAAAUCGCUUAAAUGCAACAUAUUCAUGCUCUCGUAUCGUGGUUAUGGACUAUCCGAGGGUAGUCCAUCUGAAGCAGGAAUCAAGGUCGAUGCACAAACGGCAUUGAAUUACCUUAAGGAACAUCCAACACUGCGAUUCUCGAAAAUAAUACUCUUUGGGCAAUCUAUUGGUGGUGCUGUUGCUAUUGAGUUGGCUAGCAAAAACCCGGAUUUGGUGGAGGGAGUUAUUGUUGAGAAUACGUUUUUGAGUUUGCCAAAACUGAUACCCCACGUAAUGCCAUUCAUCGGCCCACUCGGCUUCCUCUGCCAUCAAAUAUGGCCAACAUACAAAUCAAUCACUCUGAUACCUCGAACAAUCCCAAUCCUAAUGCUAUCUGGCCUCAAAGAUGAAUUGGUACCACCAUCACAUAUGCAUGCGCUCGCGUCUAUUGCUAGAGCCAGCAGAAAGGGGAUUGUGGUUGAUGAAUCGAUGGCUACUGUUGUUGUUGGUGACAAGACGGAGUUGCCGAAACUUGUUGUGGAUGAACAGGGUGUGAGAUUUGUUUCUUUCAAGGAGGGCAAGCAUAAUGAUACUUGUAUAGCGCCAGGGUAUAUGGAUGCUAUUGAAAAGUGGUGGAAUGAUUUUGUAUCAAAGUGA